AUGGCCGAGCAGGCCGAGCAAGCCGAGCAAGCCGAGUCAACCAGCGCAGACCACGACGGAAUCCGGCUUCCAAGAGUGACGAUCCAGUUCUGCACGCAAUGCAGAUGGAUGCUCAGGGCCGCCUACUUCGCCCAAGAACUCCUGUCCACGUUCUCCACGUCCCUGGGCGAAGUCUCCCUCCAGCCCUCCACGGGGGGCACCUUCGCCGUGACCAUGCGCCACCGGCCGCUCGGCCCGGCCCAGCAGGCCGUGAGCACCACCGUCCUCUGGGACAGGAAGACCGACGGCGGGUUCCCCGAGACCAAGGAACUCAAGCGGCGCGUGAGGGACGUCAUCCAGCCCGGCCGGGACCUGGGACACGUCGACGGGCACCACGCCGCGGGCGGAACCGGGACCGCGACCGCGACUGCGACUGCGACGCACCCGUCUUGCCGGGAUUGCAGCUAG